GCUCUUCGCUUGCCCCGCUAUCCAUCCAGUUGGGCAAGUGACUUUGCUCCGCCAACAAGCGGUCUGACCCUGGCUCUCGGUUGUUCCCGUCUAUGUUCAUAUCUAUCCGUCUGCCCAUCAGUCGUGAGUGGUGUCUGUUAACCAAGUAUAUUUCCAACGGCGGUCAAAAUAUUCUCCCAACAUUAAACCACAUCGAAUCAUUUUUCUUUUCAGUUCCAUUUCAAUUUCCCCCCUGUGCGCUGACGAAUAAUACAGUCGAGCUAUUAAAAAAAAAAAACAACAAAACAAAAAACAAGUGCAAAUUCUUUAUAUUCACUCUCCAGUUUCCAUUAUUGCAAAGUGAGAAAAUCAAGUGAUAUACACAGCAGCAUCCGUUGAAGGGAUGCUCCAGUCGAUCUAUAUUAUUCCGACUGAUAAAUCAGCCACGAAGCUCUCUGGCUUGCAAUAUAAAAUCUGCAUCACAAAAGCAACACUCACCGCGCACUUUGAUUGAAACGACAGUCAUGACUAGAUAGAUCAAUUGUGGAGCUCCAGCUGUCGGCAAGCGCCGCCAUUCAGCCACCGACAUGGAUUACAUACGAGAAUUCGACAUCCGCCUGGAGAAAGAAAUGUACUACGCCGGCGAGACCGUCUACGGCGUCGUUAUCCUCGAUACCUCAGAGAACUUCAAACUAAGAGCUGUCCGCGUAGUGCUACGAGGAAGAGCUCAUCUAGAAUGGAAAGUGGUGGUUUCCGGCGACCAACAAUCAAUUAGUGACGACCAGUACUUCAUAGACGAACGAUCGACUAUCUGGGGAAAAGAGAAAGCCGACGGGUCCAUCCCAGUGCUGCCCAGAGGUUAUCACCAGUUUCCCUUUCACUUUUUAUUGCCGGAGAGCUGUCUGCCUUGCUCGUUCGAGAGCAAGAUAGGAACGGUUCGAUACUACAUCAAGGCGACGGUUGAUAUACCGUACGCGUCCCCUCCACAAGGCAUGAAGUACUUCACCAUCAUCGGACCUCACAUCGACUGCAUGGAGGAGCAAUACCUGAAACCGCUCAGUCGACGGAGAAAGCGGAUUUCUUGCUGCCUCUGCUGUAAGAAGGGUCCUCUAUCCCUGAGCGUUCAACUCGACAGGUCUGCUUACGUCAGCGGCGAAAGCUUGCGUUUGAAGGCUGACAUCCACAACCGCAGCGCUGAAGAAGUGCGGCUUCGACUACGUCUCGUCCAGUAUGUGGAGUACACUAUUCACCGAGUAGUUCUCGGCGCCACCAAGGAGCUGCAACAUGUUGUGCUAGAAUAUCGAGGCGAUCCAGUCCAGCCUGGGAGGCGUUCCAAAUUCGAUUCAUCUCAGUCACUGGUGCUGCCAGCCUUACCGACGACGCUAGUUGGCGUCUGUCGGAUGAUUAACGUCUAUUACGCCCUUCACGUCAGUUUGCUGUUGGAGUCGGAGGCAGAGGACUUGACAAUGGAGUUCCCCGUAACAAUAGCCACCGUUCCGUUCCGGAUUCCCAAUUCACCCAACCAGCCAGUGGUUUACUACGAGCCGGCGUGUGAGCAUGUGGAAGGAGGUCGAUAUGUCGGGCCGGAGUUCCAGCUCGGCCAAGUUUACGACGGUGGGCCCAACACUUGUGACGCGGAUGUCGUUCUCUAUCGUCCCGUCUAUGUCUGCGUCAGCUCGUUGCGAAGUCACCUGAAAACUGGCAACAAUUUCGCGGCCAAUUGUGCUAAGCUGACGCAACAGAACAGCAAGGAUCGAAGCACCCUAUUGGCUGCCACCGCGGCUAAUGUUAUCGCUUCGAAUUCGCCCGUCACCAAAGCGGCCGUCUCCGCUACAGCCAAUGCCGGGAGCUCGUCAAGCGGUGCACAGCAGUCGACUACGUCUCAAGACUCCUGACAUGUUGCGUCAUGAACGAUUUCCACGACAACUAUAAUCACCGGUUCUUAAUGGCCGGACUCUGUCCAACAGUGUCCCAACACGGAUCAGCAGACAAUUUAAUUCGUUUAUUUUUAUUCUUGGCAAACUUGAUGCUCUUGUCGACCAUGCACAAAGACGAACGCACAUGGAAUUCAUAAGAGACGUUUUGCUGAUGAUAGUUGACUUUUUUAAAUUUUAUUUUACAUGCCACUGCAUUGAAAUACUUUCCCCAGUCGACUGAGAAAUGACACGCAACUUAAAAAAAAACAAACAGUCGAAUCGACAAAUAUACAUACCAAAUAAAACAAAAACAAAUAACCCCGGAUGCUGGCUCCGAGUUGUUUUGUUCCGAUUCCCCCGUUUUUUCAACGCCAAAUGUGUGAAUUUUUAGUCGAUGAGAGCAUUGAUAUUUCAUUUUGUUUUUGUACACAUAGCACGCGUCGUGUUGUUUGUUUUACUUGUGGUAACAGUUAUUAUUUUAGACAGCCUUGCUUCGUGUGGGAGCGGUAAGUAACUGAGUACGGUACAGAUGGCAGUAUUAAUACUACUCAUCCGCAAAGAUCCAGCGGAAAGGAUGUCGGAAACCUGGGCCGGCCCUCGUUCCACAAAUCAGAUAAUCGGAUCUCACUGAAUCCUAGCGAUUCCCAGUGAACUAAAAAAAAAAUGUCCAACGGUCUCGCACUCGGUCGACAACAAACCCAACCAAAAUCUCCUAUUUUUUCAUCGUUUUUGGAGCGCAUAUUCAUGAUGAAACAUUGUUUGUGAAUGUAUGACGCAGUUCGGCCUUCUUAUUUGGCCGCCAUUUGAAACGUUCUUUGUCUUAGAUAUUACCCGUGUUUGUUGGUUCUUUCAAGGCCAGACUCUUUUUUCUUUCUAAUCUCUUUUUUUACUUUCAUCUUUUCACAAUUCGAAUGUUGCACAUACUUUGGUUUUCUGAUGAGUUAACCGGUUAUUUUUUCUCCCUUUGGACAUUUCCUUUUUUUUUUAAUGCUCCCCCCUUUUUGCAUUCGAGUCGUGAAUACAAUCGGACGAUUUCAAUAUUUAAGUGAUGACGGAAUGUUAUUUUGGAAUUUUUAUUAAGUUGCUAUGUCGGAAACGCAACGAACCACAUAUUCUCUCGACGUCGUAAUUUGCUUGAAAAAAAUUGCAAAGGUAAAACUAUAAUUAGCUUCGCGAUGAGCUAAAUAGUGUUUGAUUUUGUUUUAGCUUGUAUAUAUUAUACUGUAGCUAUAUAGAAAUAUUGGUAUAACACGCUGUAGAAACCACCAAUGCACAAACGCUUGUUUUUGACAGUUUGAGUGCUGGUUAAUUCAUUCAAUAAUCUAUAGCGUAUAGUUUCCACACAUUUGGUGACAUUUGGGCAGAUUUUUUAAUUAUCUUUUCGUCCACCUCGUAUAGCAUACCGCAAUUGAUCUCUUCUUUUUGCAUUCUACAUUUGCAUUUACCUGAUUUAUUGGUCGACCGCUAUUUCGACAGAGCGUAUAAGAGACGCUCUAAUUAAUAAUUGCGGCCGACUCAACUUAUUCCUUUUCAACCGACAAGGUAUAGACCUUCCUGCAACUCGUGUAAGGGAGAAUAACGCCAGAAUGUCCGUAUACCAUUCGGCGUUAAUUUGCCGUAGAACACCUGUGUCCAACACCACCCCCGAAAAAUCUAAACUAUGAAGUGUUUAUGAUAUUUAAUUCCAUUCAGUCCAAUUCCUUACCUGUUUCCCAACCCUCAAAGAAAUCGGAUAUCCGACACAUGCAUAUCAGCCUGAUUGCAAUGGAUGAAAAAACCUUUGUGGCAAAAACAAAAAAGUGAAUGGCCUGACGCUGAUAGAAUUGUUGUUGUUGUUGAAUGUAUCAAAAAGGAAGAAAAGUGUUGUUUUUUUUAGGGGGGAGGGGGGUUAGUUGGACUACAAGACACGGUGAGUGACAGUAUAGAGACACCACACUGUUAAUAACAGCAUUACACGAGUAAAAAGAAGUGCCGGGGAAACAGUAUGAGAACACUGGUAACCAAGAGCUCAAAGUUUUAUUUGUACAAGGAGAAAUAUACGAAGAUAAGAUAUUUAAAAAUUGGAUAGAAAAAGAGUGAGAGAGAAAAGAGAGAGACAAAGGGUCGACGGGGAAAUGAAGGAAAUCAAAAGAAGACCACUCGGAACUCAAACCUCAUAAUCAAAAGAAAUCACGCUCCUCUCUUCUAUCCAUUAGACUUGCGAAUUACGCGUGGCUGCAUAAUCGAUACAAGGGCUAUAGAGAGCAUCAUGUUUUUGGUUGUCAAACAAUCAUCAUCAGCGGAAAAUGGAAGGGAACUUUUUUUUUUAAGUUUCAAGAAAAAAUGAAAAAUAAUAAUAAUUCCGGGAAUAUAUAAGUUCAGCUGCGGAGAGUCAUAUUUUGUUUGUUGUUGUCGAAUGAACCUAAAAUCAAAUCAAAGAAAACUAGCCAGAAAAGAUGGAAAGAAUGACAGCCAUAGAAAUAGAGGGAAAAAAGAUAAUGAACACGUCCAACUUAAAAGUAAAAGUAAAAUCAAAUGACGGGAAAACAAGUGUGAAGGAUGCGAAGAGACACAGACUCGUAUUUCAUCCCCAUUUCCUUUUUUUUUCUCCGCCAGGGACAAAUGUCAUCACCUCCCCUUACUAAAAUUAUGACAUAAUGCACUGGCACAUUUACACCUUUAAUGGAAAGAUUGGAGUCGUGGAAUUAAGAAUAACUUCCGGUUUUGUCUCUAAUAGAGAUAUUUAAGUAUUUUUUUCUUUUCCAGGAGGAGGGGAUCAGAGGGGGAUGGGGGGGGAUCAGUCGUUAAAAUUGGGAAGGAAUCGAGAAGAAAACAAACAACCGUUGGCUACCACAAGCUACAGAGAGAGAGAAAGUUUAGAGAUGGAUAGUUAGAUAGAUAGAUAGAGAGAGAAAAAAGACAAGAGAGGACGACGUGACUUAGAAAAAACAGUCUUCCUUUUGUGUGUGUGUGUGUCAUGAAAAACGAUGAACCCUUUGGAGCGCAACUAUAUAAAGAUAAUAACCAUAAGAUAAAACGCUACGUCAACAACACUUGUAAAAAUUUCUUCGCUUAUAACAAACAAUUCUUUUUUUUUUCUUGACUUCUUGUAAUGAAAAAGAAGGGGUGGAAAAAACAACACACUCUUCUCUUUUUUUUUUGUUUUUUAAAAUCCAUAAUCAUAUAGUUAAUCAGUAACACUUUCAGAAGUGGUGUGGGAUGAAAGGAGGGAGGAGCAGAAACACAUUUUUGCUUCGCAAAUAUUCUUUGCACCAACAAUAAAAGUAUGUAACGAGAAGUUUGAAAAAAAAAAUUGUUUUGAAAAGAAAUACUUGGCUAUUCAACAGCAAUUACAAUGCAUAACUUUUUUAUGGAUUCUUCGCCAACGGUGAAAACCACGAAAUAAAAAUAAAAUAAAACAAAAUAAUAAUAAAAAAAACAGCAGGAGAGAAGAACAGGGAAAAUUAACACACACGCACGCGAGUUCUUGUUUUUCUAUUUCAUAACGCUCGAUGUGACGCAACAUUUUUUGUUCAAAUUGGCCAUCCGAGCAGGUAUUACAUAGUGUUCAAUGUGAAAAUGUCCAUGCCUCUCUUUUUUUUUAAAUGCUUCUGUCUAAUGAAUUCAACGAAAAAUUAUCCUAUCAUGGAUUCACGGAUGGGUAGGGGGGAAUUAAUAAUAAUAAUAAUAAUUUUUAAAAAUGCCAAAUUAUAUGCAAGAAGGAAAAAUCAGGCGCCGCUUUCACAUCGAUUAUUUAUAUGUGUGUUUCUUUAACUCUCAUUAAUAACAACUUUAAAAAUAGGGAGCCCCCAGUGGGUUAUUUCACGCCAUUCUUUCAGUAAAACGAAAUCAAACUGAAUCUACAUAUGUAAAUAAUUAAUAACCAAACGGAGAGUAGCAAUAGCGCACACAACCGCGUUGGAUAAGACGACCAGAAUGAAUUUUCCGCUUUUUUUCUUUUUUCUUUUCUAUUCUCCUCAUACACGGGCGUCACCCCUAUAACACAACUAUUGCUUCUAUGUCCUACCGGCAACACGGUGUUUGUAAGCUUCAUUUCUGUCUCCACGAUUCCACUCUAACAACCAACUGAAUGAGAGGCAGUGUGAGGAAAUGAAAUUCCAAUUGAAACUUGUUCUAAACCAAAGAGGUCGGGAUUAGAGAGAAAUGGUGAUAUCAAAGAGAACAGAAAAGAGUCGUCCUGAAACUCACUGGAGAAAGUAUCCUCAAACAAAACAAAACAAAAAAAAAAAAAUGAAAAAAGGGCGACUUUGCAGAACGGGGUGAUCGGUGAAACAAGGCACCACCCCCACAUCAGAACGUAUUACAUUUCACUCUCAUUCGCACUCGUUUUUAACCCAAGUUAAAUUCUCUUUUUUUCAAUAUCUCUUUCACUCGCUUGUUUAAACUCCUGAAAACAGACAAAUUACACAUGCAUUCGGGCAAUUCGUGGAAAAUUGGCAGUGAAACAUAAAAAAGAAAAUUGUAGGUCAAUAAAUUUAGAGGGGGGAGGGGGAGAGGGAGUCAGAGUUAUAGGUGGAUCUUCGUCAUUGCUUCUUUCUCUCGGUCUUGUAGAAAAGAUUUCAAUCAAGAAUCAAAGGAAAAAUGAGGACGUAAGAAGAGAAACCGACGAAACAUAUCGAGGAACUAAUGAGAACCGAUUCGUAUCAAAUAGUAUUUGAAACAGAGUUGACAACGUAAGACUAUGGCUUUGUUCUCUCGUUUACUAUGUAUAUAAGGACCUCGCGUCUGGAAACCAAUCGAAACAUCCCUCAUGGAAAAAAGACACGGAAGAAAAAAAAAGAUGAUAAAAAGAGUUCAAAAGGGUGGCAAUUUUAAACUAAGAGAGGGAGAUUUUUUUCGGGAGAUGGAGAGGGAGAUACACACUUUAAUAAUUCUGAAUUCGAAAAAAAAGAAAGAAAUAAAAUAAGUAAAAAGAAGUGAAAAAGAAAACGAAGGAGGAAAUAUAAGUAGCACACUUACGUACAUUACAAAAAGCACACUGUGAGGGAAAGAUAGAAAGAGAGGGAGGAAAGAAAACAAAACAAAAGGAAGAUUACAGCGAAACGAAAGAUUUCCAAAACCAACAAAAUGAUGAAAAUGAAGUGUACCAAGGUCGGAGAGGAAUGGGAAGUGUAGAGAACGCACACGCAAACACACGG